UGGAGCCGAGCUGAGUCGACCGGCAAGUACAGGCCUAGACAGUCAGUCUCAGUCAGUACUCAGUAAGUGCACUGUGCAGUAGGCUAGGCUUCCCGCGAGUACACGACCAGUUGACCCCUGCAGCAUGAGGCUGUGUUACUGUCUGCUGCUGCUGCCGGCGCUGACUCUCGCUGUCAAAGUAUCAUCUGGUACAACUUCUGCCAGAGUCAAGAAGCGAACAGAUUCAGCAUCCCCCAGAAACGACCAGUCGACGUCUGCCCAGACAUGGUACCAGGACAUUGCCGCCCCCGCGCCUGCCCCGGGCUUCACCCCCGCGGACCAGGACCCUAGUCUGUUCUCCUCCUCACAUGGGCUGGUGCAGACCCACCCCGCCGGGUUCGGCGUGGCUGCUGAGGACCCUGCCACUAGGCCGUACAUCCCAGCCUCGUCCUUGGACUUUGACACCCGGGGACUCAACGAGCUGAGGAACAACCCUCUGUUGUCGUCGCCUGAGGAGUGUGCCAGGGCCUGCAGAGAGGGUGAACCUCCCAAGAUCUGCUACUAUCACUUCACAUUAGAGUUCUACACCGUGCUGGGAGCAGCUUGUCAAGUAUGCACUCCUAACGCCACCAACACCGUCUGGUCUCACUGUCAAUGUGUGUUAGCUGAUGGAGUAGAGAGAGGAAUCCUCAGCAUCAACAGAAUGUUGCCCGGCCCUAGCAUACAGGUGUGUGAGGGAGACAAGGUAGUCAUCGACGUCCACAACCAGAUGGAAGGUCUGGAAGUGACCAUCCACUGGCACGGUAUCCACCAGAAAGGAACGCAGUACUACGACGGUGUUCCCUUCGUCACUCAGUGUCCCACCCUAGCCGGCAACACCUUCAGGUAUCAGUGGGUCGCUGGCAACGCGGGAACUCACUUCUACCACGCUCACACCGGAACUCAGAAACUAGACGGUAUCUACGGCAGCAUCAUCGUGAGAGAGGCGCCGUCUCAAGACCCCAACAGUCACUUGUAUGACUACGACCUGACGACCCACGUGAUGCUGCUGAGUGAUUGGAUGCACGAGGAUGCCAUGGAGAGGUUCCCUGGGCGUCUGGCAGCCAACACGGGUCAGGAUCCGGAGACACUGCUCAUCAAUGGAAAGGGACAGUUCCAGGACCCAACUACAGGCUACCAGACCAACACUCCUCUAGAGACCUUCACCAUAACUCCAGGUCGCAGAUACAGGUUCCGCAUGAUCAACUCCUUGGCUACUGUGUGUCCUGCGCAGCUCACCAUCCAGGGACACCCACUCAUACUCAUCGCUUCUGAUGGAGAGCCAGUCCAUCCCGUUGUUGUUAAUACCAUCAUUUCAUUUUCAGGAGAACGAUACGACUUUGUAAUCAACGCCGACCAGCCUGUGGGAGCUUACUGGAUUCAGGCUCGAGGGCUAGGAGAGUGUGGAAACAAGAGAGUACAACAGCUAGCUAUCCUGAGGUACGCCCGAGGACCCUACCAGCCGACGUCACAACCACCAACGUACGAUGUCGGCCUGCCCCAAGGAGUGGUAUUGAACCCUCUGGAUGCUAUUUGCAACCGUCCCAGAACUGACGCUGUCUGCAUCAACCAGCUAAAGAAUGCCAAGCCUGUGGACGAGGGAAUCCUUGCUGAGAGACCUGACGUAAAAAUCUUCUUGCCUUUCAGAUUUUUGUUCUACAGACCAGAAGAACUUUUCCAACCACAUCAGUACAACAGAUUUUUAGUUGCUCCUGGCGCUGGUGACCACGUCAUCAGUUUGGUUGAUGAGAUCUCUUACGUCAGUCCACCUUCACCUCCGCUCUCACAGAUUGAUGAUAUUCCUCCAGAGAUGUUCUGUAAUGGAGACAACAAGCCAGCCAACUGUGGUCGUAACUGCAUGUGCACUCACAAGGUCGAUAUCCCUCUCAAUGCCGUGGUCGAGGUUGUACUGGUCGAUGAAGUACAACAGCCCAAUCUGAGUCAUCCGUUCCAUUUGCACGGAUACUCAUUCAACGUUAUUGGUAUGGGUCGAUCUCCGGAUAAGAACGUCAAGAAGAUCAACUUGAAACAUGCUUUGGAUCUUGAUAGAAGAGGACUGCUGGAUCGUCACUACAACCUCCCUCCUGCAAAGGACACCAUCGCUGUGCCCAACAAUGGAUAUGUCGUCUUCCGCUUCAGAGCCGAUAACCCAGGUUACUGGCUGUUCCACUGUCAUUUCCUCUUUCACAUUGUGAUUGGUAUGAACCUCGUGCUGCACGUAGGAACUCAAGCAGAUUUGCCGCCAAUACCUCCCAACUUCCCUCGGUGUGGAGACCACUUACCACCCGUCACGCUGCACUGACCACAUAUCUCCACGGAUAACUUAUUGCAAAGAUAACACAAGGGACUUCUAAACUGAGGCCAGCCGAGCAUUGGACACCGGGGAGAGAGGCAAUUGAGCAAAUAGUUAGCUAGGCUGUACAGUACAAAAAAUAUUGCGAUGGUGGGAAAAGCCCCGGUGACGAUUGUACUUAAUGAAAUAUUAUCAAUCUCUUGCAUUUAUAAACUGAUUUAAACAUAAACAAAUACAUAAAAUUGAUAAAAAUAACAUGUGGUAUAUUGUAAAUGAGCAUUUUAUUAUCUAAGUAAAAACCACAUCUUAUGCAAGCCAAAGAAUAUGAAUAGAUAAAGCCUACAAGGUGGGAAGAAGGUUUAUUGCUCGAUAUAUUUUCAUCUCGUUGCUCCUCGUGAUAACAGAAUGAAUGUUUAUGUUAAGUCUCUGACUUGUGGCCAUAUCACGUAACCUCAGCUGAUGAAGCCCUUCGCCUCGACGGGAGUGGACUGUUCAAAACUUAAUUUUAGGAUUUAGGUUAUUUUUUGUACGAACUCAUCAUUUUGAAUUUUCCACUGGCGUCGUAAAUUGUAAGUACUUUAUAAAUAAAUUUUUCUAUUUUGUA